AUGAAACACGAGAGCAGCGGCUACACCUGCACAGGUACGACCACGCCCUCUACACCUGCACAGGUACGACCACGCCCUCUACACCUGCACAGGUACGACCACGCCCUCUACACCUGCACAGGUACGACCACGCCCUCUACACCUGCACAGGUACGACCAGGCCCUCUACACCUGCACAGGUACGACCACGCCCUCUACACCUGCACAGGUACGACCACGCCCUCUACACCUGCACAGGUACGACCACGCCCUCUACACCUGCACAGGUACGACCAGGCCCUCUACACCUGCACAGAGUCCCCUGCUGGUCUGAUGUGGUCUGAGCAGUUCUCUCCUCACCUCCAGAGAAACAAACAGCUGCAGGACGCUCUGCUGCAGAGAGAAGAGGAGCUGCUGAGGCUGCAGGACGAGAACCAGCAGCUCAGAGGGUUCCUCAGCUCGGCCUUCGUAAGGAACCUGCAGAGAGAAGCGAAGAAACUGACCCCCGAUGGGAGGAGGAAUCCGAAGAGACACCUGACGUACGGUGACGAUGGAUCUUUCCAGAACCGCGGUCAUCAGCUCCAAACCUCGCAGGUCAGCAAGAGAGUCUGCAGGAACCUCACGACCGAGUUCUGCUCCUCCUCCUCCUCCUCCGAACCAAACCUGGACCUCUGGGUCCUCCGAACACUGGGACUGAAGGACCGGGACACCAUCGACACGUCCAGCGAGUCCUCGUGCUCGUCUGGUUUCGGCCUCGGCGGUCUGGUCCAUGAUGCCGCAGCGUCUUCGUCCUCCGGAUACACUCUGGACUCGUCUUUCAGUCCUUCGGUCUCCACUUCUAAGCCGUCUUCUGGACACGACGCUGCCGGACGCCACCAAGCAAACGGUGGAAAUCCUGCCGAGCCGACUGAAACCUGCACAACUUCUCCGGGUCGACGCUUCACGGCCACCGGAUUGACGUGUCCUGAAGUGGAGAUCCGGAGCUACAGCACAUCUGCUGCCUUCAGACCUCCGCCAACAGAGGAACCACCAUUCAGCCGGUCGGCAGGCGGAGCUGAGGUCUGCUUCGUCACAGCUCCGAGUCGAGUCCAAAGUCUGGAGGGAAACCCAGCAAGACCUCCGGCUCACUGGUCUCCACUCAGAGGCACCCGAACACCAUCACGGGACACAAUCCAGUUCAGUCCACCUUUCUCCCCGAUCUCGUCUCCGAGCCCAACGCCUGCACCGCCUCGCAGACGGACAGAUCUGGCCUUCAGGAUGUCCCUCAGCCCGUCCAGCAGCGUCAAGACCCACAGCUUCCCCCAGGGACAAGCCUUCGUCAGGAAGGACCCAGAGGGAAGGUGCAACUUCACCUGGGUGCCCACACAAAGACCGUAG